AUGGCAUACGUACUCUACACCAGCGUCUUCAUCCUCCUCAUCAUCUCCAGCAUCCUAAUCUUCACACGACACCACUGGCUUCCCCACCUUCCACACCUACCCUUCAUCACGCCCUCCUCACCCAGCUACCAAACGCUCCCCACAUUCAACACCGACAUCUCCUCCGGUCUAUCAUCCACGACCUUCGACCUAACCACGAACCUCGCCUCCGCGGACCCCCGCGCUGGUCUCGACACCCAGGCUAAGACCGAGAUCAAGAAGAUUAUGAAGAGCCAAAAGGUCGGCUUUGACGAGGCGAGGAAACUUUAUGUGGAGCGCAGGUUUGGAGAGAAUGGUAUCGCGCCCGAUGGGAGACCUAGGGAUCCGAAGUUUGUGAGUUUUUCGUAG